AUGUCGGCGGCGGUUCCGGCCGAACGCAUCGUAUUCCUGCUGGAUACCAGCCAGGCCAGCGCAGGCUACUUUGGACAAGGCCAAGUGCAGACCGGAACCAAGUUGACCAUGGCCAUGCAGAGCAUUCGCCAUUUUGCCAAGCUCAAAACUGCGCUGGAUCAGCGUCACCAGUUUGCUCUGGGCUACUGCGCUGAGGGUCUUGUGCUCCGCAUUGCUUUUGCCAAGCUGGGCCCUUUUCUCAGUAGCCUGAGGGAGCUGGAGGAGGACCAACAACAUCACUCCUCCGAGCACCAAGGCCUGGAUAUUUCAGCUAUCGCUGCUGAACUAUCGGCAAGCCUAAACUUGCCUUUGGCAUUGACGCAGGGUGAAGAAGAUAUGGCUCCUAUCCUGCGCGUCAUUUUGCUUCACACGCGGCCUACUCCUCCGAUGGCCUCAAUUCAGCCUUGGAGCUCGCUGGCGCAGAAUUUGGCCCUUUUCGUCGAUGUUGUUGAUUUGCACUCGCCCGAGCUGGAGCCCCAUGACGCUGCAGAGGUCACCAGUACAAGUGCGACGUUGGCAGUGUUUGCAGAGUACCAGCAGCCAGGCUAUCUCCUUGAAGCUGGCCUAGCAAGUGAGCAGCUACACCAAGCCAUGAUGAUUUUGCUUGGUCAUCCGCUUCAACGACCUGCACAACCCGAAUGGCCUGCCCCCAUCAUGCAGGUUGGUGUUUGA